UUGGGAUUGGGCCUUGGUGGAUUGGGCUUUCAUCAGCAACUUAAGUGGCCAACCAAACUCUUCUUUGCUUGUCCCUCUUAUAAACUUGACUGGGCUUGGGUUUGUUGGGUUGGGUCUUAUCAUAUUCCUACUUCUAUUGGCAAUCUUACUAUGUUAUCUGAAGUUUAUCUAAGCGCCAAUAAAUUUGAAGGAAGCAUUCCACUUACCCUUAGAUAUUGCACUCAGAUGCAGUCAUUUAGUGUUUCUGACAACAACUUAAGUGGUGAUAUACCUAAUCAAACAUUUGGCCAUCUAGACGGUUUAAUAAAUCUUGACUUAUCCAACAACUCUUUCACUGGUUCUAUUCCUUCAGAGUUUGGAAACUUCAAGCACCUUUCCAUAUUAUAUCUAUCCGCAAAUAAGUUGUCCGGUGAAAUUCCCAUUGAACUUGGCGUUUGUUUGGCAUUAGCUGAGCUCGUGCUGGGGAGAAAUUUCUUCAGUGGAAGUAUACCUUCUUUCUUGGGCUCUUUAAUAUCCCUCGAAAUCUUAGACCUUUCUCACAAUAACUUCUCAAGCACAAUCCCCCGUGAACUAGAAAAGCUUAUAUUGUUGAAUACUUUGGACUUGUCUUUUAACCAUCUUUAUGGUGAGGUUCCCGUAGGAGGUGUCUUUAAAAACAUCACAGCAUUUUCACUUAUUGGAAAUAAGGAUCUCUGUGGGGGCAUACCUCAAUUGAAGCUGGCUGCAUGCUCUAGGUCGCCCUCAAAGAAACACAAUAGGUCUCUUAAAAAUAAAGUUAUCCUCAUCAUUGUAAUUGGCGGGGUUUUGAUCUCUUUCAUUGGAUCUAUUAGUAUCUUCUAUCUCAGGAAAAAGCCCAAAAAGUUAUGUUCUUCAUUAUCUCUGCAAAAUAAGUACUUGGGGGUGUCGUAUGGACAGUUACAUGAAGCAACCGACGGAUUUUCUUCAUCCAAUUUAGUGGGCACGGGAAGCUUUGGUUCUGUAUACAAAGGAAUUCUUCUCCAUUUUGAAAGACCGAUUGCUGUUAAGGUGUUGAAUCUUGAAAGACGUGGGGCAUCAAAGAGUUUCAAGGCUGAAUGCAAAGCUCUGGGAAAGAUCAAGCACCCAAAUCUUCUCAAUAUCCUGACCUAUUGUUCAAGUGUUGAUUAUAAUGGUGAAGAUUUCAAGGCUAUAGUUUUUGAGUUCAUGCCUAAUGGAAGUCUAGACAGCUUGUUGCACAGCAAUGAACAUCGCGAGUCUAGAAAUAUAAAUCUCAACCUUUUACAAAGGUUAAAUAUUGCUCUAGACGUAGCCCUCGCAUUGGAAUAUCUUCAUCGUGAUUCCGAGCAAGCUGUAAUUCACUGUGAUAUAAAGCCAAGCAACGUUCUUCUUGACGAUGACAUUGUUGCCCACUUGGGAGACUUUGGGUUAGCUAGGCUACUUCAUGGGGACAUGGGGCGAGCCAAUAGAGAUCAAGUUAGCUCCUCUGCAGUUAAGGGAACCAUUGGAUAUAUUCCCCUAGAGUAUGGUGCAGGUGGCCCAGUAUCACCACAAGGAGAUAUCUACAGCUAUGGGAUUCUUCUUUUGGAGAUGCUCACCGGAAUGAAACCAACAGAUAGCAUGUUCGGUGAGGGUCUAAGCCUACACAAUUUCUGCAAGAGAGCAAUUCCAGAAGGAAUUAUUGAGAUAGUGGAUUCAUUUUUGGUUAUGUCAUUUGUUGAAGAACGGAGAGACGUGAUGCAACAAAAAAAUAUAGAAGACAACAUUAGGGAGUGUCUGGUGUCUUUUGCUAGGAUUGGGGUUGCAUGUUCUGCCGAAUUCCCCGCUCAGAGAAUGUGUAUAAAAGAUGUUAUAAUGGAGUUGCUUGCAAUUAAACAGAAGCUGCCCCGCUAG